AUCCUGAACUACUCCUGAUUGGGGCCGCGCCGUCGAAAAAGAAAGCACACUAAAGUCCUGGAUCGUCACACGAGGGCCAUCAGUCGCGGUUGGUCCCACUCGACAGAAACACGGCUCCAAACAGCAAUUGGACUAUUAUUAUCAUCCAUUUUCCUCUUCCUCCACUCCUUGCAGUUUGACAUAUACCUACUUCUAUGCAUCUCGAACAUUGAUUGUUGCGCUAUUCCUGGACUGGUUGACCACUUUAACUGCAGGAUUCAGUCUUUGAUGCAGAACGAGCAGGGAUCCUUACGUGGAUGGUAACCAGUGGUAGACCGAGCAAACCGACAGAUGACGGCUACUGCUUAAUCUGAGAAAUUCAUUCACCUUUGUGCUUGUUAUCAAUUCAAUGAACGAACAAUAUCAGUGAUUCGUAUAUCCUGUAGACCUCUUGUCGGUCGAUAUGGCGGGAUUGAUGGACGGGGCCCUGUUGCCCACCAUCAAAUGCUCCAAUUGCGGGAUGAGGGUCGAGAUCUCGCAGAUGGGAGAUCACGUCUGCAAACCUGCGCCAGCAUCUCCAUCUCCGCCGCCUCCAUCGCCUCCACCAAAGUCCGACUCUGCGACAGCCUCAACACACCUGAGGAACCCGUCUGGACCCAGGCUGGGACGACCGGGGCCUCCACCGCGCAUCGAUCCAUCAUUAGCGAAUCGGUCGUACUUACACCCCAAUGAAGAUCUAUCGAAGAGUGAAAAGGACUCUCUGACCCCGUCUCCGCUCUCAGUAUCAACAGGACAACGGUCGCCGUAUUUGCAGCAAAGAAGUCGCAUCUCUCCCCUUCUGGAUGAGCCCGAUUCGCCUGAUGUGAUCAAACCAGUUGGCAAUUUGCCGGCUUUCCCCCUGCCACGAUCGAUGUCCAAGAAACGAAAUGCUUCGCUGUCGCUGUUGCAGAUAGCCCAAACUGCACCGCCAGUGCCCUCGCCGCAAUUCGCGCAUGCGAUGGAUAGAGAGGCUUCGCUGCCUCCGCAGAGUGCGCGCAUGUCAGGAUACGAGAGAGGACGUUCACCCCCGCCUUUGACGAAACAGCAUGAUGCGCCUCGCGCUCAAGCGAUCUCCCAUAGACAUGGGGACUCGAUUGACAGCAGGAGUAGUUACGGAACAUCCGCCGGGAGUAGCCGGUAUGGCGAGAACAACUCCAAGCGAUCGACUGCCAUGUCCAGUCGGCGACCCUCAUUCGGCAGCAUUGCUCAAGAGUCACAUCAAUUUACGGAAGAGGCAUCAUCCGGCCGCGCCCAUCAUCUAGAACCUUUGAUCGAGCAUUCAUCCUCAGCGGAGCAAUCAGCUGGGACGGAAAACCAGAAGCAUGACGGAAAGGGCGGCAGCUUCAGCGGGUUCGAUUUCGGAGUAGCAACCGCCGAGAAAUCAUUUCCUGAUCCAUUGCGUGUAUCGUCUCAUACGAAUUCCGACCGGCUUAGCAGCACACGAGGCUCCGCUGAGCUCUUCUUCCGAAGCCCAUCGCAAAGUUCGUUUGGCUUACCUGCUGAUUGGCUUGAUCCUAAUGAAGCACGAUCGUCGUCUGCCUCCUCCGCCAACGUGUCAUACAAAGCUUUCCGACCCUCCGUGUCAGACAUUGAACCACCCAGUGUCUCGCAAUCUGAGCCAAAGGAUGUGCCGAGGAAAGGCACAGAUUCGAGCAGUGAAAGCAAUACAUCAGUUUCCAAGUUUGCUCGUGCUCUAGGUCUCGAUUUCCCCGAUCAUGCGACGGAAAAUUCGACCUCUUCUUCUUCCGAAUCGUCGCCCUCUGAAACACGGAGCGGAACCUCAAUCUCCAGUCUUCCCUCCGAAGCAAGCCUGUCAAGAAGAAAGCCGUCGGAGACGAGCCGACUGGGAGUCGUCAAAGAGCAGCAGGCCAGUGGCAAUCGGCAACCAGUGUUGCCCGAAACCGAGCAGACGGAAAGUCCCGUUGAUCUUGAACCCCCGCGAAUUCCUGCUUCACUUCUCAGUCCCGACUCCCCGACAGACCCGGCCAUCAAUCAAGGUAGUUUGUCCUUGGUGGUAGACAAGGCACCAAGCCUUCCUCCACAGCCUCGCGAACCUCGCAUACCUCUCGUACGACAAGAAUCUCACGAUCCUCGAAACGAGCCCCCGGAACGGCCCACGAUCACUCGAUCGGCGACAGAGCCUCCCGUUCGACCGCCACCUCGUCCCAAAGGGCGUUGUAGGGGAUGCGGUGAGGCAAUUCUAGGAAAGUCUGUCUCGUCCAAGGAUGGCCGCCUGACUGGGCGGUACCACCGCGAAUGCUUCGUCUGCUGUCAUUGCCGAUCGCCAUUCGAGACGGCCGAUUUCUACGUGCUGAAUGACCACCCAUACUGUGCACAGCACUAUCAUGAACUGAACGGGUCCCUUUGCAGUGCAUGCAACAAGGGUAUCGAAGGCCAGUAUCUCGAGACGAACGAGAGAAGCGGCCCGGGGCCGGCGGAUCACAAGAAGUUCCACCCCGACUGUUUGACCUGCCGGACCUGCGGGAUUCCCGUAAAGGGCGAGUACUUUGAAUGGAACGGUCUGGUGUACUGCGAACGCGACGCUCGCCGCGCAGCUGCAUCCAUGUCGCCCAAUCGCAUGCGCCGGCCAACCUUGCCAUCCUCGCCCUUGGCCGCUCGUCCCCCGAACUACCCCCGAUGCCUCCUGGGUAUCCCCGCCGCCCUGGCCCUGGCCCUGGUCAUGGACCUGGCUUCGGCCCGGGUCCUGGUCCUGGCUCUCGUCGUCCUUCCGGGAUGUUGGAUGUACCGCGUGGGCCUCCCCAGCGGGCGCCCGACGAUUCCCGGAGAGGCGGACGACCCGGUUAAUGAUGACAUGAUUUCUAUCAUUUUGUUCAAUUGUCCUGAUGAACUGGUGGCAGCGUUGAUUGAACUUUUCGCGCUCUUCGUGGUCUACAUAUUUGGAUUUAUUUCACUCGUUCUUCAUCUGGUCUGGACCGCUAUAUACCCUUGCUUUGACCUCAAUUCUUUACAUUUCUUGUUCAUACGCUAUAUAUCCCCACUGUCGCUUCAGAAGGUCUGCUCUUGCUUGCUUGUGCAUACUUGGUGUACUAUACUUGGAAUUGCGGUCGGCCAUGUGAAUAGGACGUUAAUGAUUAAUGUGAAAUCUAUUUACUCGCUCUUAUCCCGCUUCUCCAGCUUAUACAGAAACUUCCGUCGAAAAAGCCACCCAAACAUGACCACCAGAAGCGACACAGCCCACGCCUGAGCCCUCUGCGAAACAGUGACUCUCUCGUCUCGAGUCCCCGCCGGAACACCUUUCACCAUCGCCCGACACCGUCCCGGAUCAUCCGUAAUAAUCCC